UUCCUGCCUUCAUGUCUGAGUAUUGUCCCUGGUUGGACUGGAAAGGAAGAGACUGGUCUAAUCUUGCAUGUCAAUGUAAUCAUUUAUAAUAACUGACAAUCGAUACUGGUUUCCAAAGCAUGGCUUUCACGAUGUUGAGGCCGAUGUCCGCCCAUCCCUUCUCGUUGACGGUGGACCUGACCGUGACGUCGGACGAGGAGGACGACAACAGCAGUGAGCGAGGCGAGCAGGUUUACGGCUGCUGCGGAGCAUCGGGGUCCGGCCAUGCGGUGGUCCCGCAGCGGAACGCCGCCAACGCGAGGGAGCGGCACCGGACCCAGAACGUCAACACGGCUUUCAGCGCACUGCGGACGCUCAUUCCUACAGAACCGGUGGACAGAAAACUGUCCAAGAUUGAAACGCUGCGCCUCGCAAGCAGUUACAUUUCACACUUGGCCAACGUGCUGGUGCUAGGCGACGGCACCGACGACUCCUCGCCGUGCCUGGGAGCGGUUUACCGGGACGUGAGGGGACAGCCUCGGAGUAUCUGCACAUUCUGUCUCAGCCAGCAGCGAAAAGGGGUGAAAGACAGACGAGGUUGUGUGAAAAUGCACGGAGGCUCAGCGAGGAAACUCAGUUCACGAUAAAUUCCAAGUGAAAUUCCAAGACAAUUCUGGUCAUUUUCUGUCUUUACCCACCAAAACAAGGCAGUGGGCAUCCUUAUGUUUUAAUCAAGUCCAGGGGUGGCCAAACCAAACAGUGCCAUCAACCAUCAUAGUCUUUACUUUCAUACCAUCAUCAUCCAUGUAGACAUGCACACAAACAUCUUCAUCCACUAAGCAAUUACAAAUGUCAUUUUGUGUGAAAGUUUACAAAUUAUAUAGUUAUGUUGGCCAAAAUGGACAUCACGGCAGCUCAGUAGUGACCCCCAGUGCAGAUGUUCAUCAUGACAGGACGCACAAAAGCCAUCAAAGAACCUGCAGCGUGCCGUAAGAUGCACAGCUAGUCGACCAUUUUGGCUUGGAGGUGCCAUUUUUCAGGAACCUUUGCAGUUUUUGCUUUGGUGAUGUUUUCUGUGCGGCCCAAAUCAUCCUUCACAAUCUUCUGCUGUUUUGCAUUUUAUUUGUGGAGUAUACAAAUAAAGAACAAGCUGCCAGCCACGAACGACCCCAGACCGCAUUUAUUCUUCCCUGCUAUUCUUACUUUGUCACCUGUAAUGAGUUGCUGUUGUCUGCUAAUGUUUCACACAUUUCUGUGUACAAAGUGUAUUUUUAUAAUCUAUUCUCUUCACAGUCAUGAUUAUUGUUAAGUACCCAGAAGCCAUACUUGAGUUAAAGUACCUUCCACAACAAUGACUUUAGUAAAAGCCUUGAAGUAGCUGCUCUUGUACUUAAGCACAGUGGCACCUCGGUUAGCGUACGCCCAGGUUAGCAUGUUUUUCAGUGAACACCAAAAAUGUACGGCCAAAUUUUGCCCCGAUUUGCAUAGA